CCAUUUAUCUUUUCUAACCACCUCCAUAUUAACAAAAUUCAUUGAUAAAAUUUCAAUAUUUUGAUAAAUCUCAAAUCUGACCCCAAUAUUCAAAAAAUUCGCCACCGAACACAGUCUUUUUAUACAUGGUAUAGAUUGCCAAACUUUUCACUAGUAUACGCUUCUAGUGUUAUAUGUCCCUGUCUGGUUUCUUUGUCAAACUCCUCAUUUUCCUCAUUUUCCCGUUCUUUCAACAACAUCACCUCCACUCAAAUCGCCAAGCCCAAAUCAAUCAAUGCCGUCACAGGUCUCCGACCACCUGGAACCAUGGCACAACCUCCAAGACAAGGUUGUGUUAGUCACCGGCGCUUCCUCCGGGCUCGGCCUGGACUUCUGCCUCGACCUCGCCAAAUCCGGCUGCAGGAUCGUGGCGGCGGCUCGCCGAUUGGACCGCCUCAGGUCUCUGUGCGACGAAAUCAAUCAGAUGGCCUCGCCGGAGAAAGGCAGCGGUGCAAGUAGCCACCGUGCGGUCGCCGUGGAACUCGACGUGUGUGCCGAUGGCCCCACCAUCGAGAGGUCUGUGCAAAAGGCGUGGGACGCGUUUGGGCACAUUGAUUCCUUGAUUAACAACGCUGGCGUAAGAGGAACUGUGAAAUCGGCAUUGAAAUUGUCUGAGAAGGAAUGGGAUCAUGUUCUCAGAACAAACUUAACUGGUUCUUGGUUGGUAGCGAAAUAUGUAUGCAAACGCAUGUGUGAUGCAAAGCAAAAGGGAUCUGUUAUUAACAUUUCUUCUACUUCUGGUCUGAAUCGUGGUCAUUUGCCUGGAGCUGCUGCAUAUGCAUCUUCAAAAGCAGGUGUCAUUACGCUAACAAAGGUUAUGGCUAUGGAAUUGGGGUCGAACAAAAUUAGAGUGAAUUCUAUUUCCCCUGGAAUUUUCAAGUCUGAAAUCACUGAGAGUUUAAUGCAGAAAGAUUGGUUAGAUAAUGUGAUGAAGAAAAUAGUACCAUUGAGAACUUAUGGCACAUCGAAUCCAGCAUUGACAUCUUUAGUUCGUUACCUGAUUCACGAUUCAUCUGAAUAUGUCACCGGCAAUAAUUUUAUUGUUGAUUCUGGAACAACUCUAGCAGGUUUACCUAUUUAUUCGUCUCUUUGAA